CCAGAACCGAAGGUGGCUGCAUCGAGGAUCUGUGAGAACAGCACCUGGAAAACUACAAAACAUCUGAGGGCCGAAGAACAUGGUCUACACUGCACCUUAACAAUUGGCCUACCUGUUGCUGUUGGGCACGCGCGGAACCCUCGCGCUCCGCACACGUGACGUUAGCCGGCGUUCUGCGGCCGCGCGGACAGAACGCGACAGAGGAAGAGGAUGCUGGUGGCCUCAGACAUGGAUUACAAGGUUGUCUUUGCAGCCUUGGACACCAUGUGUGAAGACAACAUUUCUGUUUUGUGUGGGCCUUCUGAUUUGCCGUACGGCGCUGUUGCCACGCGUCUGGUCACAUGCAUGAGACAGAUUCAGGAGCACGGCCGAGCCCUGGAGCCUGUGGUCGCCAGCUUCACCGCCAUCUACCACCACUAUGACUUUGACGCACAAACGCCUGGGAAUGGCUACCGCACCCUGGUCAAGGUCUUACACUCCUGCCUUUUUCACAUCAUUCAGAAGGGCCGUUACAUUGCCUCUAAUUACAACAGUGCCUUCUUCAGAGCAGACCACAAUGCAUCUGAGAUGGAGGCGUACUGCAGCGCCCUGUGCCAGCUGCGUGCCCUGCUCCACCUCGCCCAACGGCUGGUCAAUGACAAUGACCACGGCCAGCUGUACUCCCCGCAGGACGGGGACCUGAGCCGCAGGUUUGUGCAGGAGUACAGCUCCAUGCACAAAGCAUGUUUCUAUGGACGCUGUCUGGGCUUUCAGUUCUCUCCUACCCUUCGUCCGUUCCUCCAGACCGUUGUCAUAAGCAUGGUUUCAUAUGGAGAGACGUAUGGUAAACAGCAGUCGGGGUUGGGUAUGGCAGCACUUUCUCUCCUCACAUCAGGGAAGUACGUCAUUGAUCCAGAGUUGCGGGGCAUUGAGUUCGAACGCAUUACCCAGAACCUGGAUUUGCAGUUCUGGAAAUCCUUCUGGAACCUCACAGAGUCUGGCCUUAUAACAGGCUUCAACAGAAUAGCCUCUAACCCAGUGCACGUGAACCUCACACUGACUGUGCCUCCUGUCACCCUACGCCUUCCUCUGGCCUCAGACCCCAGUCUAACAGCCACUGUGUCGCCUCCAAUAGCCCACUGGGGCCCCGGGCCGGUCCACAUGCGCCUGAUCUCCUAUGAGCUCCGAGAAGGACAGGACAGUGAAGAGCUGCUGGCUUUUUCGCGGACCAGCCCUCCUCCCAUCUCUGUGUCCCAUCUCCCCUGGGUACAGAAGCAGCCUCGCUCCCCCUGGCUGCUGAUCCACUUCCAUGGAGGAGGUUUUGUAGCCCAGACGUCCAGAUCCCAUGAGAAUUAUAUUCGGAACUGGUCGAAGGAGCUGAGCGUCCCUGUCCUCUCUGUCGACUACUCUUUGUCACCUGAAGCACCAUUUCCCAGAGCCCUGGAGGAAUGUUUCUACGCCUACUGCUGGGCACUGAAUAACUGUCAUCUGCUCGGCUCCACGGCAGAGCGGGUUUGUCUGGCGGGGGACAGUGCUGGAGGAAACCUCUGCAUCACCGUGUCCAUGAAAGCCUUGUCCAGCGGUAUCCGAGUCCCUGACGGCAUCAUGGCUGCCUACCCCGCCACCUUGCUCACCACUGAUGCCUCGCCCUCGCGCCUGCUCACGCUCAUUGACCCACUGUUGCCUCUUGGUGUUCUUGCAAAGUGCCUCAAUGCCUAUGCAGGUGCAGAAUCCCUCACGGUGCAGCCUGCUGUGGGAAGCAGCAGUUUGAGCACACUGGGCAGAGACACGGCCGUGCUGCUCAGUGAUCUCACCCAGGGGGCCUCCAGCUGGAUCCAGUCCUUUCUGGAUCCCAUGCUGAGUUCAGGUGGCGCACGCUCCCUGGCGUCAUUUCAGAGGAAGUCCCAGAGCAGUGAAACCCACAGGACAUCAACUCACACCGCAGCAGCAAACUCUGGAGAUCAGAUGGAUUACCCACAGGGCUUUGAACCCCUGCGCUCCAAGUGCCUGGCUGUUGUUCAACCGACCUCUUGUCCCAUUAUGAGGAACCCUUUUGUGUCGCCUCUGCUGGCUCCAAACAACCUGCUGAGAGGCCUGCCACCAGUACACAUAGUGGCCUCUGCUCUGGAUGCCUUGCUGGACGACUCUGUGAUGUUUGCCAAGAAACUGCGAGACAUGGGCCAGCCUGUGAGUCUGACGGUGGUGGAGGACCUGCCUCACGGCUUCCUCAGCCUAUCGCAGCUCGCCAAGGAGACGGAGGUCGCUGCAGAAAUCUGUGUGGCUCGAAUGAGAAAUAUUUUUGAGCAAGAAAAACCGACAACUGCUCUUCGCAAACGGCCAAAGUUGGAAGAGAGUUUCCAGAGCACCAAUCCAUCAGGUUGAUUUAUCUGCCAGUCUUGGGACUUUGCUAUAUUUGGAUGAAAAAGAGAACUGAUAUAAUGUGGUGAGAGUGAUGCAAUACGUUUAAGUAACGGAAACAAAUCAGGGAGAGUUAUGAGAGUGCAAUAAAAACGUAAAAGCUUAGGGACACUGCACUUGAAAUCUAUACUGCACAACACUUUCUGUAGGCAAUGAUGUUCAAGAGAGCCACUAAAAUCUUUAAAUUUCUACUACCAGCUUUCAUAUGAUCCCAAAUGAUGAUGAAAGAGGGAAACACUUAGUAUUUUUCUACUAAGAUUUACAUGCUGAAGAUGCAGAUCAAACGCACAUUGAAAAUAUUACAGACUGACAGAAACUAAACCAGCCUUGGCAGCGAUUUAUAAACUGAUAUGUGUCAGUAACAGGAGCUGUUGUGCCUUGAAUUUAAAGCAUUGCUGUAUUUGCAUAGUCUUUGUGUAUAAGGAAAAGCUUUACAUCAAACUGACUGGGGUUAAAGGUUUACUUGUACAGGAAAUGCAUUUCAGAUACACUAUUAUUAUUAUUAUUAUUAUUGUUAUUAUAUAAUUUUGAUUAAGUGUAUAACCUGUUUUUUUCCAGUUUGUCACGUGUUUACAGCAUAUUGAUAAGGAGGCCUUCACCUUGUAUUUACCAAGAGUAACUGGAUGUGGGUAUGAAAGUAACUUGUUAUACUGUAAUUAUUACUGCAUUAAUUCUUAGUAUUCUUAUUAUAAAUAUUUAACAGUGUUAUAUUGUUAUAAUUAAAGCCUGUAUUAAAUCAAAAUUGCAAAGA